AUGACCGACGUUACAGAGCCAUUACCAACCAUAACUAAAGAGGGAGAUAUCGCCGAGGGCUUGGAAAAACAUCAAGAGGUCAAAAAGUCAAGCAUCCAAAGUGAUAAUUUAAAAAUUAUAAGUGAUAAACAAUCAACGGAUCCGGGCAAGAGCGAAAAGGAUGUCCAAGGGGCCGAUACUGAAAUUAAAUCUAGUUUACGAGACAGUCAAAAUGUUGAAAACAAUAAGGAUGACAUCACUGAAGGCUUGGAAAAACAUAAAGUGGUCAAGAAGUCAAGCGUACUGGAAAGUGACAAUUUAAUUAUUAGUGAUAAAAAAUCAACGGAUCCGAACAUUAAGAGCGAAAAGGAUGUCCAAGGGGCUGAUACUGAAAUUAAAUCUAGUUUACGAGACAGUCAAAAUGUUGAAAAGAAUAAGGACGACAUCACUGAAGGCUUGGAAAAACAAAAAUUGGUCGAGAAUUCAAGCGUCCUAGAAAGUGACAAUUUAAUUAUUAGUGAUAACAAAUCAACGGAUCCGAACAUUAAGAGCGAAAAGGAUGUCCAAGGGGCCGAUACUGAAAUUAAAUCUAGUUUACGAGACAGUCAAAAUGUUGAAAACAAUAAGGAUGACAUCACUGAGGGCUUGGAAAAAAAUGAAGUGGUCAAGAAGUCAAGCGUCCUGAAAAAUGACAAUAGUGAUAACAAAUCAACGGAUCCGGGCAUUAAGAGCGAAAAGGAUGUCCAAGGGGCUGAUACUGAAAUUAAAUCUAGUUUACGAGACAGUCAAAAUGUUGAAAACAAUAAGGAUCAAAGUAAUAAUAGUAGUCAACUAGUUGAACCUGUUACAGAACCGGAAUCUCUUAAUUUAAAUUCGACAAAUAAUGUAAAGGGAGAAGAACAUUUUGAGACCCAAAAUGUCGAAGAAGUGGAGGCAAAAAACCCCUCGGGAGUUGUUAAGAAAGACAGUGAAACAGUACAAUAUCCCCCAUUUCCUGAGCAAGAAAUUGCUACUCCUGAUGUAAACCCACAACCAGUUACUACAAAUUUUCCAGGGCAGGUUCAUGGAGGGUUUAAAAGCAAUAGAGAUGUAAAGCGGCCAUCAAUAACACCAGAUCCCAUCUUGGCAAGAUCUGGGGCAUCCGCGACUCCUCAACAACAACCAUUAAUGCAUGCAGUGUUUGGCCUUUUAGCAUUUACGAUCCUCAUGAGAUUCUUCAUGUCCAGCUCCAAGUUCUUUUUCGUUAUUGCUUAUGCCGCUCUUGUAGCGUUGGUUGUCAUGGGACACUUAGGACAAGGACCGUUUGUCCAACGUCGAAGGCGUUAG